CGGUGAGUUAUAUUGUUUUAAAUAUUAUUGUGUGAAACCCUCUGGCAAUAUAGUUUACCAAUAUAAGUUUUGAAUAAAUCUCUUGUGCCCUAAAACUUUUAUGUUUGAUUUGUGACCUUCAGCAGGUGGCCUAAAUCCAAAUGACUGACAAAAUGCCAGAACUCCAGGAGCUCCAGAAGAACCUUGCAGCUGCUAGGCUGUCAGAGGAAGGGCAGGGGUCGGGGACAGAAUCCGAUUCCGAUGAUACAAUCCCCGAGCUGGAGGAGGCGGGAGCAGCUGGUGGAGCCGGAGGAGCCUUCCCCACCUCUGGCCUCUCCAUGGAUAUGGUCAGCAAGGCAAAGCAGUCUCGUGGCGAGAAGAAGGCUCGAAAGAUCAUGUCGAAACUGGGCCUCAAGCCUAUCCAAGGUGUGUCAAGGGUUACAAUAAGGAAGUCUAAGAACAUCUUGUUUGUCAUCAACAAACCGGAUGUUUUUAAGAACCCAGCCUCUGACACAUACAUCGUCUUUGGAGAAGCUAAGAUUGAGGACCUCAGUCAGCAGGCACAGGUCCAGGCUGCAGAGAAGUUCAAGACCCCUGAGGUGACCACAGCAGCCGACGCUGGAGGCAGCACAACGUUGGUAGCCCCGAUCCAGGAGGAGAGUGAGGAGGAGGAGGUAGACGAGACGGGGGUGGAGGAAAAGGACGUGGAACUCGUCAUGUCCCAGGCCAAUGUCAGUCGAGCAAAGGCUGUCAAAGCUCUACGGAACAAUCAAAACGAUAUCGUAAAUGCAAUCAUGGAACUCACAAUGUGAAAUGGUUGUUUAGGCAAUAUUUUAUAUUAUCACUUCUCAGUCUACGUUCUAACUUCAUUUCAACGAUUCCUCUUAUUUUAAGUGGUUUUAUUAUUGUGUCCUGCAAGAGCUUGUAGAAAAUUAACAUAUGCUCAAUCUCAUUGAAUUAAAAUGUUUUCAGGAUUUUGUAUAUAAUACCAUAAAUCCAUAAAAAAAGUUUUUGUGUACUUGGGAUUAGGUAUUUUAUAGUAAAAUCCCAAGUUUGUUAAUUUGUGAAUGGUUGUAAUUAACAUCUAGGGGCAUUAUUGUUACCCACCUGGCGGCAAUUCAUUGAACUGGUUUAGAGAUUUGUUUGAUUUAAUUGUACAAUAUUUAAAAACUAUUUUGUAUGUAAUAAAAAUAGUUCAUAGUGUA